AUGAAGCUGAACGUCUCAUACCCCUCCAACGGGAGCCAGAAGCUCAUCGAGAUCGAAGAUGAGCGCAAGCUGAGAGUAUUCAUGGAGAAGCGCAUGGGCGCUGAGGUCCCCGCCGACAGCCUGGGUGACGAGUGGAAGGGCUACGUCGUCAAGAUCACUGGCGGCAACGACAAGCAGGGUUUCCCCAUGAAGCAGGGUGUCAUGCACCCUACCCGUGUCCGACUCCUCCUCUCCGACGGCCACUCCUGCUACCGACCCCGACGAACUGGCGAGCGCAAGAGAAAGUCCGUCCGUGGCUGCAUCGUCGGCAUGGAUCUGUCCGUCCUUGCUCUGGCUAUUGUCAAGCAGGGCGAGCAGGAGAUCCCCGGCUUGACUGAUGUCGUUCACCCCAAGCGCCUGGGCCCCAAGCGUGCCACCAAGAUCCGCAAGUUCUUCGGCCUCACCAAGGAAGACGAUGUCCGCAAGUAUGUCAUUCGACGAGAGGUCCAGCCUAAGGGCGAGGGCAAGAAGCCUUACACCAAGGCCCCCAAGAUUCAGAGACUCGUCACCCCCCAGCGUCUCCAGCACAAGCGCCACAGAAUCGCGCUGAAGCGUCGCCAAGCCGAGAAGAUCAAGGAUGAUGCCAAUGAGUAUGCCCAGAUCCUGGCCAAGCGUGUGCACGAGGCCAAGGCCCAGAAGGCCGAUAUCCGCAAGCGACGAGCAAGCUCUAUGCGCAAGUAG